UCAUCCAAUGACAAUCCAUUUUUCUCUUUCAGUAUUGGAUAAACGAAUAUACGUCAACCUUGGGCAUAGGAGUAUUUCAUUCAGGAAUAGAAAUCUAUGGCAGAGAGUUUGCCUAUGGAGGACAUCCCUACCCAUUCAGUGGCAUUUUUGAAAUUACACCCGGCAGCGCAGUGGAACUUGGAGAAACAUUUAAAUUCAAGGAAGCCAUUGCCCUUGGUACAACAGACUUCACGGAGGAAGACAUUGAUAACAUCAUGGAGGAGCUAGGGAAGGAAUAUAAGGGCAACGCCUACCAUUUAAUGCACAAAAACUGCAAUCACUUCUCUGCAGCUCUAGCUGAGGUUGUGCGGGGAAAAGAAAUUCCCCGGUGGGUGAAUCGUCUAGCUUACUUCAGCUCCUGUAUCCCUUUUCUUCAGAGCUGCCUUCCAAAAGAAUGGCUAACACCAGCAGCCCUACAGAGUCAUAUCACCCUUGGUCUUCAAAGAGAAGACCACGGAGAAACCACAGAUGAAGACUCUCCUUCCACAUCAGGUGUUGCCGCACCAGCAACAUCGACUGCCCCCACUGGGGCUUCACGAACCUGUAGACACACAAGAGUUUAA